AUGGCUCAGCACGGCUUCGCUCAGUUUGGCUCUGCCAACGGGGGCAAUAUAGACCCCAACGAUCUCGCAAUGGGAAGCGGAAUCUCGCCCUCCUACCCCAACGCCAACAACUUUAACACAAACUCAAACCAGUCCAACGGCUUCUCCAGUGGCUCUGCCGUCUUUGGUGAUGACGAGCUGCUCGAUGGUCUCGCCAGUCCCGGUGACAACCAACACCUUAACCAGGAAUUUGGUAACAUGAACAUGGGCUUUCCCCAGUCAAACUUUACCCACCGUGGCUCCCUCCAGAUUGACCCGACCAAUGGCUAUUCCAGCACCCCGGAUGGUGAUCCUAUUCAGAGCCCCUAUGGACAUGGAUUUAACAACGCACAGUUCCGCCAGAUGAGUACGUCACUGCACUCUCCCAUGUCCUACAAUGGUUCUCCCCUCACUGCCGGCGAUAUGGGCGCAGCCAGAGCCAGAAUGUCCCAGGAGAUGCAAAGGAAGGCUUCCAACAACCGGACUCCCAUGACACCCAAGACAAACAGUCUCCACGGAAUCCCCAUCGGCUCCCAAGAGUCUCCCUCCUUUGGUCCCCAGUCCAUGCGCAACUCUGGCAGCCAUGACAAGUCCCCUGGUCACUGGUUGAACACUCCUACCGGCAGCAUCCCGGCCUCUUAUAACUCGGGGUUUUCCUCGCCCAUGCAACAAGGUAUGGUACCCAUCAACGAGGUCAUGAUGAAGGGCGGCACCUCCAUGCCCGCCAAGCUCAGCGGACCCCCCGGAGCCACUGUGUCUUCCCAGGAGAUGAAGCGUAAACGCCGCCGCGAAUCGCACAACCUUGUGGAGCGUCGCCGCCGCGACAAUAUCAAUGAGAGAAUCCAGGAUCUUAGCCGUCUUGUUCCAUCGCACCGUCUCGAGGAUGAAAAGAUUCGCAAGCUUAUCCAGAACGGAACCCCUCUCUCCCCCACCCUGACUGGCAUCUCCAACCCCUCUCAGGCCACUUCCGGCCUUGCCGGUCCUGGAGCCAGGAGAGCCACUGGCGGUGCCGCUGGCAAUAUUACCACCGGACUCCCCAUCGAGGACAAGGACAAGGGCCCCAACAAAGGAGACAUCCUCAACGGCGCCGUCAGCUGGACCCGCGACCUGAUGUGGAUGCUGCACCUCAAGCUCCAGCAGCACGAACAUCUCAUGAACACGAUUACCGAUCUUGGCGGACAAUUUCCCUUUGAGCUGACCGACGACGAGAAACGCAUGCAGUCUGAGCUCGCCGAGGCCCUGUCGCGGUCUGAGAAUGACAACUUGACUUACUCGCGUACCUCUGGUUCUGGCCUCCGCGUCCCGGACCACACUGACUAUCGCGGCGAGCCACUCAACGGCAACGGUCCCAACCUUGACACCAUCGGCAUCACCCCCGAUGCUUCCGGUGUCUUGGGCGGCGAUAUGGGAGACGCCGCUCAGUUUUGGCACGAAGACCAUGAUGACGGUAGUGGCAAUGUUCCGCUCAACUUUAAACAUGAAGAUGAGUAUGACAUGGACCUGAACUAG